GGUCACCAUGGCCUGCAGGAAGUGGGCACUUGUCGGCGGUGCCAGUGUGGCUCUGGUGCUCGCCAUUGGGAUAGUCCUGAGCGUCACCCUGCAGCGGCGGGUCCAGCCAGGCUGUGAGCAGGAGGCGGCCUGCCGCCCCGACGCAGACAUGCUGGACUACUUGCUGAGCAUGGGCCACAUCAGCCACCGGGAUGCCCUGCUGGUCACCUGGUGCCACGGUGUCAACAGCCGGGAGAAAGUGGAGGCUGCCCUGCGGACUGACGUCAUGGUCUUUGAGGCGGAUGUCAACGUGGAAGGGAUCUACACAGCCAACGAGACGGGGGUCCCCAUCAUGGCGCACCCCCCAGACAUCUACAGCGACAUCACGCUGCAGCAGUGGCUGGAGGCCGUGCUGUCCUCUUCCCAGAAGGGCAUCAAGCUGGAUUUCAAGAGCAUCAAGGCUGUGGGCCCCUCCCUGGACAUCCUGCGGCAGCUGACAGAGGAGGGGAGAGUCCGGAGGCCCGUGUGGAUCAAUGCCGACAUCCUGAAUGGCCCCAACGUGCCCAUCCCAAUUCAGAUCAAUGCCACACGGUUCCUGGAUCUGAUCCAGGAAAAGUAUCCCAAGGCCACCCUGUCUCCGGGCUGGACCACCCUCUACGUGCCCAAUGUCCAGACCAAUGCAUACACCCGCGCCAUGGUGGAGAGGAUGCAGGAGCUGGUGGGAGCACUGCCGCAGAGGAUCACCUUCCCCCUGCGGGCCUCCAUGUCGCGGCCCUCCUGGCCCCACUUCAGCUGGCUGCUGGGCCAAUCUCAGAGGUACAGCCUGACAGUGUGGCAGGGCGCCACAGACCCCAUGUCAGUGGACGAUCUCCUCUACAUCCGGGACAACUGCGCCCCCCACCAAGCCUACUUCGACCUCUUUGAGCCUAUCCAGUCGCAGUUCAGGCAGCAAGCCAUGAAUGCCACACGGAAGCAAGUCUACUACACGGGGGGCAGCCUGAUCCCUCUGCUCCAACUCCCGGGGGGUGAUGGUCUGGGCGUGGAGUGGCUGGUUCCCGACGUCCAGGGCAGCGGAAUAACAGCAGCGGUUACGUUCCCAGACAGAGAAGGCAUGAUCCUGCUGAACGUCAGUCUCCAGGAGCCUGCAGCCGGAGACCCGGUGCCCAUCGUGCAUGUCCCAGGUGGCCCUAACCAGACACUGGAGUCGUCCCUGCUGCAGCUCGCCACGCGCCCAGGACGCUGGGGUGUCCACUUGCACAUAGCAGAGCCCACAGCUCUGCGGGCAGCCCUGGCCACGCUGGCCCGCCUCUCAACCUCUGGCCACCUGCCACGGCCCGUGUGGGUGGGGGCCACAAUCUCCCAUGGGAGUUUCGAGGUCCCUGGCCACUUGGCUGGCAGGGAGUUGCUUACGGCUGUGGACGAGGUUUUCCCCCACGUGACCGUGGCACCAGGCUGGCCAGAGGAGGUGCUGGGCAGUGGCUACAGGGAACAGUUGCUCACAGAUAUGCUGGAGCUGUGCCACGGGCUCUGGCAGCCUGUGUCCUUCCAGCUGCAGGCCAGGCCGCUGGGCCAGAGCACGGCUGGGGCUGUGGCCAGGCUGCUGGACUCCUCCCCCAGGGCCACCAUCACAGUGGAGCACAGCCCUGCCCAGGGGAACUACGCAGCUGGGCGGGAAGGGCUGCUGGCAGCCAGGGCCGUGGACAAAACCCGAGUCUACUACAGGCUGCCCCAGGACUACCGCAAGGACCUGCUGGCGGACGUUGGCAAAAACUGACUGCCCAGUGGCGCUGGGCCGGCAGACCCCCCAGAGUCGAGGCUUCCCACAGGAGAGGCAGGAAGGAAUAAAGGCCUCU